UUUUCGUUUCUUAUUUUUUCUUAGUUUUUGUUGAAAUGGAAAAACACAUCUACGCUUCUUACAGCCCUACCCACUACAGAGUCGGAGCACCAUCUCCACCCAGAUUCCGUGACCCUGAUACCAUGUUCCUCUCUCACUACCACCACCACCUCCACCGCUCCGACACCGCCGCCGCCACCGCCGCCGCUCUCCGCUAUCCUUCUUCCGCCACCGCCGACGUCGAUAUUGGCCCGCCUGGGGUUGCUUCCAGAAUCUCCUCUUCAACAACCUCCAACUUGUUCUCUCACGCUUCUUCCUGGCCUGCCGCCGUAGCCGCCGCCGCUGCCGCCGCAAAUGUCGGCUCUGCUGCCCUUGACCUGAAACGCUCUUCUGAAGCGCUCUACCAUCCAACCAUUUUGGGUACAAUUGGGCAAAAUGAAGCUUGGUAUUCUACAAACUCACUGGCCAAGCGCCCUAGAUAUGAAACUGGAAGCAAUUUGCCUAUUUAUCCACAGAGGCCAGGAGAGAAGGAUUGUGCCCACUAUAUGCUCACAAGAACCUGUAAAUUUGGAGAGAGCUGCAAGUUUGACCAUCCUAUUUGGGUUCCUGAGGGUGGAAUCCCAGAUUGGAAAGAGGUUCCAAAUGUUGUUCAAAGUGAAACCCUUCCUGAGAGACCAGAAGAACCUGAUUGUCCAUUCUUUCUGAAAACUCAAAGAUGCAAGUUUGGUUCAAGGUGCAAAUUUAAUCAUCCAAAGGUUUCCUCUGAAAAUGCUGAUGUUUCUGGCUUACCUGAGAGACCAUUAGAGUCCCCUUGUGCGUUUUACAUGAAAACUGGAAGAUGUAAAUUUGGUGCCUCAUGUAAAUUCCAUCACCCCAAAGAUAUCCAGAUUCAGUUGUCUGAUGAACUGAGUCAUACUGCUGAACAGACACAAACAAAAUAUAUGAUGGAGGGCAUAAUAGGAGAUACACAACCAAUUAAGCCUCUUAUAUCACCACUGUUGCAGAAUAGCAAAGGGCUUCCUGUAAGACUGGGGGAAGUGGAUUGUCCAUUCUACAUGAAAACUGGAAGUUGCAAGUAUGGUGCCACUUGCCGCUACAAUCAUCCUGACAGGAAUGUAAUUAAUUCGCCGGUUUCUGCAUUUGGCCCUUCUGUCUUGGCAUCCUCGGCUGCUAAUCUGAAUAUUGGAGUGAUUAACCCAGCUGUAUCUGUUUAUCAAGCUUUAGACACAAGGUUGUCAAAUCCAAUGUCUCAGGUGGGAAUAGCAGAAACUAUCUAUCCUCAGCGGCCUGGACAGAUGGAAUGCGAUUACUAUAUGAAAACUGGCGUGUGUAAAUUUGAGGAAAGAUGCAAGUUCCAUCACCCAAUUGACCGCUCAGCACCAUCACUGUCAAAACAGGCCUCACAACAAACUGUUAAACUCACUCCUGCAGGAUUGCCUAGGAGAGAGGGUUCUGUGAUCUGUCCAUAUUAUUUGAAAACUGGCACUUGCAAAUUCGGUGCCACCUGCAAGUUUGACCACCCUCCACCUGGAGAAGUUAUGGAGAUGGCAAAAUCACAAGUAACAUCUACAACCAAUGGAGGGGAAGCAAAAGACCAUGAAUAGGUGUCUGAUUCUGCUCCAGAAGAGCAUUGAGAUCUUGCAUGAAAUCUCACUCUGUAUUUUAUAUUUCAUAAACCUCUUCAACUUGUUUUUAUAUCAUUUCGUGAAUCGAACAAUUGUCGCAGAAGACCUGUUUUGCUUCCUUCAAUGACUAAUUUCUUCAUGGACUAUUAU